AGUUCACACAAAGGUGGAGCCGUUGGAAAGGCUGCCGACACUGACUGGGCUGAAUGUCAACAAACCCACGUUGACGCUUUCACCCACUCCCUCUCUCCUUCAAAACGUACUGUAGGCGGCCCCAGCAAGCAGUGAAUAGAGAUGAGUGUAUCCUGGGUGAUCUGACAGCAGACAGAAGCAUAAAGACAAACACUAAGAACAAGAAAAAAAAGUUUGUCAAAGAGUAAAAGAUAAAACUGCUUUCAAGUGACAAUCAAAGAGUAAAGAUAAAAAAAAGCACAGAAUAUCAAAAGCCAUAGACAUGAAAAAUCAAACUAAAUCUUUAGAUAACAAAAAUAUUGAGAAAACCAAAAAGAUGAAAAGCAAAGACACUCAAAAACCAAAAUCUAGAAAGGAAUGCAUUUCAGAAGACACGAACACACCAAAAGAAAAAGGCUACACAGACGAUGGCUUUAAAAUUGUUUCGUUCGUCCCAGAAGAUGACUCUGAUGUGUCUGAUGCAUUUGAGAGUUGCAGUGAGGAGGAGGAAGAGGAUGAGGAUGCCACAACACUCACACCUCAUCACAGAAAGGAAGAUGGUGCACCCUCAGCCAAAAAGUCUAAGAGAACACAAGAUGGUUUUAAGAUAGUGACAGACAUCCCACCAGAUGAUAGUGACGUUAGUGAUGCAUUUGAGGAUGAUGAUGAUGAUGAUGAUGAUGUGGACACGUCAGCAUCGUGUCACCAGCAGAAGAAUGUGGCAAAACCGAUACUUCAGAUCAUGAGUGACUUUGGUAUUGACAGCAGGGCCUUGACAGACAGGAGAGACAACACACCAAAGCACCCUCUCGUCAAGCUGUCAAAGAAACAAAAGAAAAUGAGAAACAUCCAGGCCAACACAGUGACCCAGGCAGGAAAGGUGAAGAAGCAGAAUGAAGUGCAGAUAAUUGACUAUGCAACCAAAAGGGGUGUGAACAAGGACAGGAAACCAAAACCUAAGGAAGAAGAACAGGAAGACGAUGACCAAUCACUAACAAAGGAGACUUUGGACGAGAAGCAGCUGAAGCGGGUGAGGUAUGACGUGUUCAGGCUGGGUAUGAGUGGCUUUCACAAGGAGAAGAAGGAGGAUACCAGAGUGGCCCUUGCUAUCAAAUUAGGAGCAAAACCACCCAAGAAAAAGGCUAUCAACUACAAGAAGUUCCAGGAAAUGAAGAAAGAAGAGAAGAAAAAAGAGGCUGAAGAGAGACAGAUGAAGCUCAAACUUGGAGUAAAGGUCCCCAAGCCAUUCAAGAAGAAGGACAAGCCAGUAGUGAAGGCGGCUGCUUCACAGAUUGGACGAUACAAGCAUGGAGUUCAGGUCAUCUCAAAGAGAGAUAUAUCCAAGAUCAGUAAAUCUUGAUAACCAGAUGAUAUUAGAAAUUAAAGGUUAGAUCUAGUG